GAUGCAACUAUUUUAGUAAUAUGUCCAAUUCUGGGAAACACCUGUAUCGGGCAGCAGCAAUAUAGGAAGAUGCUGAAAGGCAUCAUCUUAUAUUGUGCAGGAGAUGGCAAUGAUAAACUUCUCCUGUAUUCUACCAAAGACAACCACAGGGCUCUGUGGUUGCCAGGAGAUGACACCGACUCAACAGCACACUUUACCUUACCAAUUCAGUUGACUAUACUAUAUUUAUUUAUUUAGCAGAUUUAUUUACUUCCUUAAACUCGAGGCGGUUUACAUAAAUUAAAACAGCAGGGGAUGGUGGUGGGAGACAGAGAAUGAAAGGACUGGGGGAGGUGGAGAGAAAAGAACCCCCCCCCACACACACACCCUAAAAGCCUAGCAGAAUAGCAAGGUGUUCCAUAAGCAGGGGCCUGGGCCCAGAACUCUGAAAAGGUCCAUCUGAGAUUACCUUGAAUGGCAGAUCGAAGUUGGAUGGGAGAGGUGGUCCUGAAGCUACACAGGCUCCAAGCCCUAAAGGGUUUUAUAGGUGAUAACCAGCACUUUGAAUUGGACCUGGAAGCGAACUGGUAGCCAGUGCAGCGACCUCAACAAAGGUGAAACAUGAUCAUAUUUUCUGCUGCUCAUAGGCAGCCGGGCCGUGACAUUUUGAUCCAGCUGAAGCUUCUGAGUCUUCAAAGGCAACCUCAGAAUGUUAUUGGAUGGUACAGAUUUAGGAGAAACACUCAGCAGCAAAUGUCAUAUAGAGAGCACAUCAUCCAUAAACAGCUGACGCAGAUUCUUGGAGUGCCUGACCUUGUCUUCCUUCUCUUCAGUUUCAUCUCCACUGCAAAUAACUCGACACAUGCUUUAGAAUAUGUUCUCUUUAGACCAAACCGAAGGUAUAAUCAAAGAGUGUCUCUUACUAUUCCUAAUCUAGGCAACACAAGCCAGCAGGAAUACAAAGUUUCUUCAGUGCCAAAUACUUCUCAGAAUUAUGCCAAAGUUAUUAAGGAGCAUGGUACUGAUUUUUUUGAUAAAGAUGGCGUGAUGAAGGACAUCAGGGCUAUAUAUCAGGUUUAUAAUGCACUUCAGGAAAAAGUACAGGCAGUUUGUAUAGACUUAGAGAAAAGCGAACGGACUGUUGAAUCUUUCCAGGCAGAGGUGAAUAAGCUAAAAAGGCAAAUUUCACAAAGGAGAAGUGAAAAGGAGAAGGAAAUAAGGCUGCAGCAAGCCAUCAUAAGCCGGCAAAUGUCAAAUGAUACCUUGGAGCCUAUAUUUAUCCCACGAAUGUCUCAUGCUGGUUUUGCUGUGGAAGGUAGUACUCUUGAAGAAUCAGAUGCCUCUGACCCUCCUCCUCCUCCUUAUGCUGACUUCAGUGUGAUCAAUCACGACAGUGCUGUACACCCUGGGGUUCUAGAAAGCAAUGUCUUCAUGCCUCGGCCUCAAGCAGUGGGCUCUUCUAGCUAUGUUUCCACAAAUACAGGAUUGAAGCAUUCUGGCAAUGGAACAUCCAUGCCAACCUCUUCCCAAACCACCACCGGUAACAAUGUUAAUGAAUCAGAAGACAGUGACUGUGAGAACUUGCUUGAACCAGCAGAGUCAUCUGACAGUGAAUACGCACAAGCAAGGGAUUCUCGACCCUUGACACAUGCAGAUGGAGACUCCAGGAACACUCAGAUUUCCCAGAUCUAAUAGAACAUGAGCUUAAUAUAGCACUAUCUUUCCUAAUUGUUAACAGAGAUAUUUUGGGAUUUGACUUGGAAGAAGUGAGCUACAGAAGUGGAUUAUUGUGCACAACAGAUGUAGAAGACUUGCACUUAGAUGGCUUAUUCACUUUGUGAUGCGUUUUUGCAAGUUUUUAUAACGGAAUCAUUAGGAUAAUCAAACUAUAAUAUUGAGGAGAUUCAUGGAUGUACUGGUAGACAAAGUGAAAUUUGUGGGAGGGGGGACUUGUUGCCAUAUUUUCUGUCAAGAAAAAUGGGAUUUAGCAACUAAGCACGGAGUCUCAAAUGAAGUUCUCAAAAAUCAAAGCUUACCUCGUGCACUAUCAUGCCUUGAAUUUUAGGGAGGUUAUUUCUAAUAAUUCUAAUCAGCAGGCUUUUUAAUGGUGAAGCCAAAUUGAUUAUUGCCAGAAAAAAACAACCCUUUGAUAAUUCCAAGAAGCCUGAUUGGAACAAAUGUGAACUAUCUUCUCUGCAUGCUCUUUUAAUAGAGAUGAGGUUUGUUUCAAUCUUUUUCUACCAGCCUAACAUGUACCACUUAAAAUUAUGGUUGCCUUUUUCUGUAGAAAAGCGAUUACCAGUAAAAUCAUCAGUGAAUGUCUCAAGCAUAACUACUCUGACCUUCGUGGAUUUAAAGUGACUUAACCAUGCUAUCCUCAUUAUCUCAUUUUUGUUCUAAAAUGUGAAGAGCACAUAGCAGAAGGUGGUGAAAUACAUGUAGUCUUGUCAAAGGUUGGCUUUAGAACACUGCAAACCCUAAUCACUUGAUGAAGACAAUUUCUCAUGACUUACUUGCAAAACUUGCCAGAUUUGCACUCUAAAAUUGGUGUGCAAGUCAUGGGAUGUGGAAAUGGCUGUCUGGUAAACUACCUUUUGGAUUUUCCUCUUAAACUUAAAUUGUAGCUCUAGUCAAAGCAGAAACCCUUGUGAUUUUUGGAAGCAAAGUGGACUCUCUGCAAAGAAUGUUUGGAUGCACUUAUGUUUUUAUUUUAUGCUUGCAGUAAGACUCUUGCUCAGAUGAUACUGUACCAUUAAAAGUCUCUCUUUCAGGCUUUCCUCAAUUAGUAAAUGGCACACCCUUGAGUCUGUGGUGCACCUUAGUCUUUUAUAAUUCCACUUUUGAUUAACACCUCCCCCCGCCCCUGCAAGAAGAUUUUUCUUAGAUACUGGAUAACCUAAAACUUCAGUAGCAAAACAACUCAUUUGUUGGCCUGUUUGUACUAACGAAAACCAAGUGGCUUUGAAAUAUGGUAAAAAUACUUCUGUUUCCUUGGAUGUUUGGGACUUAAACACUUCUCUAUUUUCAGUACUUAAACUUCUUGGCCUUAACAUGAAGCAUUCUUGUUUUUCAUUGCUGCAGUCUGUUCAAAUGAACGAGAUCUCUGUUUGGGUUUUACUAACUUUGGGUAUCUGCAACCAACUGUAGUGCUGAUUUGUUAAAUAAGUGCUGUUGCCAUCUCAUCAGUUCAUUCAAGAAGGUUUAAUUUAUGUCACACAAAAACCUUUAAUGUACAUCUCUGACUAAGCAGUUAAAUGUGACAAUAAAAUCUUAUUUAAUCCUUA